CAAGAGUUUUUAACUACUAUAUAUUUACUCUGACACAAAACUAGUAUACACUAAUGGUGCAAAACAAUGAAGCUUCGAUGGUUGAGAGUGGGAAUAACUCCAAUGAUGGAAGGACAAAUGAAGAAAUCAAUGAUCUGAAUAAGUGGCUGCCUAUAACAGCUUCCCGAAAAGCCAAAUGGUGGUAUUCAGCAUUCCAUAAUGUAACAGCCAUUGUAGGAGCUGGUGUUCUAGGUUUACCAUGUGCUGUGUCACAACUCGGCUGGAUUCCAGGAAUCGGGAUGAUAAUAAUUUCAUGGAGUGUGACAUUAUACUCAUUUUGGCAAUUGGUUAAUUUGCACGAGCAUGUUCCGGGGAAGAGAUUUGACAGAUAUCCUGAGUUAGGCAAACAUGUAUUUGGACUGAAGAGGGGUUACUGGAUGGUGAUGCCUCAACAGAUAAUUGUUCAAGUUGCCUGCGACAUAGUAUAUAUGGUUACAGGGGGGAAGUCUCUAAGGGAAAGUGUGAAGAUGAUGUUCCAUUGGGGUCGCAAAAUUAAUCAAACUUACUAUAUUAUGUUUUUUGGAGUUCUUCAAUUGAUACUAUCCCAAGCUCCUAAUUUUAAUUCCUUGAAGGUGGUCUCUUUUACAGCAGCUGUUAUGUCUUUGAGUUACUCAACAAUUGCGUCAGUUGCGUCAAUCAUCAAAGGAAUUGAGCAUCCGAAAGCAGUUAAUUAUGGUCUUCGAUCUCAUACUACAGCUGGAAUAAUAUUUGAUAUUUUCAACAGCUUAGGAACCAUUGCAUUUGCAUUUGCUGGACAUAGUGUUGCAUUAGAAAUUCAAGCAACCAUCCCUUCAACCCCAGAAAGACCCUCUAAAAGUCCAAUGUGGCGAGGUGUUGUCGUGGCUUAUGCAAUUGUUGCAUUUUGCUAUUUAUCUGUUGCAGCCUCUGGAUUCUGGGCUUUUGGCAAUCUUGUGGCUGAUGACGUCCUUGUUACAUUAGAACACCCAAAUUGGCUAAUCUCUCUGGCAAACUUCAUGGUGUUUUUGCAUGUUCUUGGAUCCUAUCAGGUUUUUGCAAUGCCUGUUUUUGACACGAUUGAAUCUUUCUUGGUUAAAAAGCGUCAUUUCACUCCUGGGCGGCCUCUUCGCCUUAUUGCCCGAAGCAUUUAUGUUGUUCUCACUAUGUUCGUUGGAAUUUGCAUUCCCUUUUUCGGAGGGCUGUUGGGUUUUUUUGGAGGAUUGGCAUUUUCAUCCACAUCAUUUUUUCUCCCAUGCAUGAUGUGGCUUGUCAGCCAGAAACCUAAAAAGUGGAGCUUUCAUUGGAUCGCUUCAUGGAUUUCAAUUAUUAUUGGCGUGAGCAUAACCAUCUUGGCACCAAUAGGAGGAGCACGCACCAUUAUCAUCUCAGCAAAGAAUUAUACAUUAUUCUCUCAUUCUGAAGAAUGAUAUUUCUCUCAUUUUCUAUCACUAGGAAUUUUUUUUCCCCAAAAAUUUAGAAACAUCUAUUUUAGUGAUUUUGUUUCAUAUGAAGUCAGUUCAGUCUCAAUGUGUUCGCAUUUUUGUCAACAUACUACUAUAUAAAAGAGGCUUGAAGCGGGUCAUGGUUGUCUUGCCAGCUAACAGAUGAAACGAAAUUUUUUUG